AAACCGUCACCAUUGCUCCCGCCGUGGCUGUAAGAGUCGCACGUGUGGCAGACUUAAAAAAAAAACCUGUCUAUGGUUUAACUUUUUAUUUUUUUUUCGUAAAAGGUCUAAAUAUUUUUAAGACCAGUGUUAUAUUAAAAAUGAAGAGGUUUCAAGCUUUACUAGUUUUCGCGGCGGUGAUAACAACGGGGACGUCGAAUACAAGUAUGUUCGGCGAGCGCUGCUCCCGGCAGGACCCAGAAGUCGACGAAUGUCUCCUGCGCAGCUUCAACUCUCUAGUGGACUAUCUCAAAGGCGGAGCUCCCGAACUCGGCAUUGAAGAGUCGGAUAGCAUAUUGAUAGAUGAGCUGUCUAUCGCACUGGGCGGAGGGCCGGACGGCUACCGCGCCACAUUCAAAGACAUCCAUGCCAGUGGCGUCAACAACAUGACCAUUACCAACGUCAGGUCGGACCUAGAUACACAUCAAUUCCAGCUAACGCUGUACGGGCCGCAUAUCAGCGCGCGUGCCCGCUACCGCUCCUCCGGGGUGUUGUUACUGGUGCGUGCUUCAGGAGGAGGUGACUACUGGGGUGAAUACGACGGUGUUAAGGCGAAGGUGUACUUCCGCGGCACACCGUACACCCGCAACAAGCGCACUUACCUCAAACUGCAGCAACUCAAACUGGACUUCUCCGUCAGGGACAUACAGAUGGGCGUCGAGAAUUUACAGAAUAGUAACGCUGUCCUACAAGCAGCAUUGAACCUGUUCAUCAAUACGAACGCGCAAGAGUUGCUGAAGGAGAUGAAGCCAGAACUGAGGCGCGAUCUGGCGGCCAAGAUGUCGCACUUCCUCGAGCGCAUCCUCGAUCAGAUCCCUUACGACGACUGGGUCAAAGACUAAAUUGUACUAACAUUCCAUUCCAAAUAACGCUUUUACGUGAUUUGUAAAAAUAAAACGUCACAAUUCAUAUAUGGUUCCCAUCACACUAUUUCAUAUUAUCAUGGAAAAUGUUAUUUUAUUGAAAUUAUGGGAUAGAGUGAAGUGAAAUCGUAUUUUUCUAAACUCGGAUUUCUCUGCUAUUUCUGGUAUAGAUUAAGAAAUCCUUAAAUAAUUAAUAUACUGCUUAUUAAUGCAAUAAGACUUAUUUCGCUUUGUCCCAGUGUACAAAUAUAUUUCAAUAUAAGCUUAUUUUAUAGACAAGUUGUGGUUACUUGUAAGUUAUUUAUUUAUAAGCCCGAUUAAAUACAUAAGUUACUAAAUUUGGUUUUAGGCGAUUUAUAUGUAACGGUUUUGUGCCGAUAAUAUAAAUAAAUCAUUAAUUUUAAAA